UAAUCGAUGUUUUUAAUCGUUUCGCAGGUUAUGGAAACAUCACCCCCGUCACCAAUCUUGGGCGUAUGCUUGUCGUUGUAUAUGCAAUCUUCGGAAUACCAAUCAUGCUCCUUUUCGUCUCUGAUGUUGGAACGGCGAUAGCAGAACGGGUGAAAGGGUUCGUCUUGUUGUAUCGUUCCAGACGAAGAUCAGCGUUAGAGGCAAGACGCAGCCGUAACAAACAAAAGGAAACAAAGAGUCAGGACCCCACGUCCGCUAAAGCCAGCGUCUCUAAAAGUGGCUUGGACGGCAAGGAACAAUUGGCCAUGACUUCACGAGCGAAUCACGAAUUCCUUAGUGAAGGUUCGCCUCAGGAGGAAAUUAUGAUUAUCAAUCAUUUGGAAACAUCGGGUGGCAACAGCAACGAUCGGAAUAGCCAAACCAAAUUGGAAAUGGACCAUGGAAAGAAAGGAAAGAACGGAAUGCACGUAGAGAAAAUAGAUGAUGCUUUAAACGACGUGAAUGCUAAAAAGGAACAUCAAGCCAAUAAGGUGCCGGAACGUAGGAUUCCUGUGAUUAUGUUUGAUCCGGACUCUGGUGACGAAUCGGACAUUGAGGAAAUAAUCGGUGAGGUCAUCGAAGACGAUGUUGAUCUUUACGAUACUGCCGAGAUUCUCGUGGAUGGCAGCGACUCUGAGGACUAUAUCGUCAUCAACGGAUUGAUCAGCUCGACACAUCAACGACGAAAGGAAAUUCGGAAAGAAGAUCGCGUCUUUGCUUCGACAGAAGUUAUAGUAGAAACGAAAGACAAGGCGAAAUAUAGCAGAUCGCAGAGUGACUCAGUAAUUGAAACGUUGCAAAUAGAAGAAACGUAUUCGAGCCAUAGGAACUGCCUCGAUAACAACAAGGAAUCCGGGUCUUCGAAUAAUCACAACGGGAACAUAGGAGGAAGACGAAUUUCUAGGACACCAGAUGGACAUACCCUUAAAGAAUUGAAUACCCCUGAUAUGAAUGAUACAACCAAUAAUAAGAGUAGGGUAGUUUCUGACCCUUCGUCGGAUAAAACUCAACGAGACAUGAAGUCAAAGGAUAACCAACAAAAAGAAGAAGAGCAAAAGCCAACUUCGAACGGUGGUAUCAAGUCCUCUGAGAACAAUCAUCGUCCAUUUUCUUUCAGAGGUGUCGUUCCUUCCUCAGGAAACAACGAAAGUGACAUAAACGAUGUAUCCUUCCCAUGGUGGAUGGCUUUUCUCCUUCUCUUUUUGUACCUCGUCAUAGGAAUGUUCAUGUUUCAUUAUGCAAUAGAAUGGUCGCAUCUGGAUUCUUUCUACUACGCCUUCGUAUCGCUAAGCACGAUAGGUUUCGGUGAUCUCUACUAUCAACCAAGUUCCGUGCGCGGUUCCAUAUACUACACAUUUAUAUACUGUUUUGUGGGAUUCUGCUACACGUCCAUGUGUAUGAGUUUGAGUUCGAGGGAGCUGUUGCGCAUCGCCCGUCGCGUUGCGUGGAAGAUCGGUUAUUACAGGAGCAGGCGAUGGAAGACGGGUUUUCGCGCGUUUUGGAAGGCGCGAAGGAUGCGGGAUCCGAGGCAGGCGGGAAGAUGGACGUUACGACGGAGGAAACCGCUUCGGAUUCAACGGAUUGAUAAAUCUCCUGGAACAUUUCCCUAAAACACAGGGGAACAACAUAUUCCUCCAAAAACUAUGUUCACUCUGAUUCUACGAUUAUUCUUAAGCAACUAUAACACUCCAAUCGUGUAAGUAAAGUAACCUUGAUAAAAAGAUCCUUUAAUUACGUUUUUUUCAACAGUGGAGAAAAAUGGUGAUUAUUCUUUACAGUACGUAUCAAAAAAAGUUUACAAUUAGAAAAAAUCCUGUAAAAUUAUACAUUUGUAAUAUCCUGAAGAUUCUUCCACAUUUUAACAUUGCUACAGAUCCAUUUAAGUAAAUGACGAUAUAACUGUGGAAAAAUAUUUCUGCUUGAGUGAGCACCACUUACCUUGAAAAGUUAGUGAAAAAUGAUUUGCGCAGAACUUUGAAAUAGUUAUGCGAAUAAAAGUAGACCUUGAUCAUGAAGAACACGUGGAAUUUAGCUAGUAAAAUUGAUUUGAAGAUAUCUUUUACCUUUUUAAACUUGUUUCCUUGCCCAAAAUACUUUGAAGAGUGCAUUGCGCCCCACCCCACUCCCCCACACACCGAGGCCAUCGUGACGAUAUUUGCUUUACACUGAGCUGUGAUUUACAUGAAAUGGCUUAGGCUUGAUUUUAAUUUUGUUAAUCAUUGUCAAGCUUGGAAAAAGUGUCGAGAAACAAGUAUUAAAUGAAAAAUGAAAUGUAAACCCACUUUAAAUAAUGGAAACUUGGGGGAAAAAUGCUGGAGAUGUCUAAUAUAAACUUUUGUUCAGAUUCAGUUAUGUCCUCAGAUCCAGCUGGCACAAAAAGUUAAAGGUUGUGCUUACUAAGUGUUGAAAUUUCAAUUUGGGUGGCAAAAUUGUUACAAAAUGCUUGAAUGUAUCCGUUUUAUUUCAAUUGACUAAAAGUGCAAGUUUGAUUUCGCCCUUUCCCCUUGACACGGCGUGAAAACGAGCAUUUCUGCGCAAACAGAUUUCUGCGAGCUUUACAAAAAUGGACAGUGCUCACUCAAGUGUAACAUUGUGUCAAAACUUUUAAUUUCAUUGGAUAGAUGAGACCCAAACCCAAGAUUAUAUGUAAAAAAAUUACCCACAUGUUGUAUAUUCUUUUAAUUCCCAGGGCUUUUUCAAAGUGUAAACUUUUUUUUUUGAUAAGCACUGUAUCGAGCCUAACCACUUUCUCCGAUUAUAUUUUACUGAAUAUUUUACACAUAUGAGAGAACUUUUAAAAUAACCUAGCAUCAGUCUGUCACUUUUUUUUUUUUACAAUUUUAUAAAAUCAAGAUGAGUAAUCUCGACCAAGUCAAUUAAGGGUUGAUAUGGAAUCGUUUAUGUUUUGUCAAAUCUGAUUUUCAGUGAGUUUGUUUUUGUUUGUUAAUUGAGGAUCACCUCAGCUGAAUUGUUUUCCAGUCCACACAUAGUAUUCGGACCUUUUUUAAAACGUUUCUUUGUCCCAUAUUCGGAAUGUUCUAAGGUUCGUCAAAGAAGCAGUUAAUGGUUCUAAGUAGGCCCUGAGAACCGUAAUUUGGUUCUACAGGGAACCCUUAAAGGUUCUAUGGCCGUAUCUUGAUGGUGUGAAGAACAUAGCUACAACUUUUGCACGGGGUUCUUUAUACUAUCAACAACCCCAUAAGUACCAUAAGUAGUAUAAAAACCUAAAAAAUAAAACAUAACAAAAAGUUCUAAGAAUUGUUUAGAACAAUUUCAAUAUUCUUGGAAGAACCUUAAAGGGUUCCAAAUACGGGACAACGAAAGGUUCUAAUAUUACUAAGGGUGUAGCUUGCUUCUUUGGCAGCCAGUCUUACGGUGCGGAAGAUUUUUCCGAAAAAAAAAAUUGAUAUGAACAAAAUGCUUAUCAGGUUGGAAGAAGUUGCCAGGCGUGGCACCCUAUCGCAACACUCCACCUACAAAUUAGGGUUUUAAAAUCAUAUGGAUGUUAUCCAAUCAAAUAUGUACACCAAAAUAUGACAGAAUGAAGACAAAUCUAUAUUAAAAGUAACGUAUUACCAAAAACAAAACUUAACAAAUUAUCUGAUGGUUGUUAUAAACACCACUGGUAAAGGGUCCUUUUUUUUUUCCUUGUAGGGACUUAACACUUUUCGUAGUCUGUAUAAAUUAUGUUUUUUACAACGGUGUAUACAAUGUCUUCUAAAGCUAAUAAACAUCGAAAUGAAACUA